GCAGUGUACUUCAAUCCGGCCAAAACGGUCGGCGCGAUGCUGGAAGCUGACACCUUCUUCUUAAUGGGCCUCCUGUAUGCCUCUUUCGUCUGCCUGAGCAGCAUGUCGAUGUUCUGGUGGCUAGAAGUCCGCCCAGGAUGGGAAUGGCUAGCCGACGUUCUUGUAAUAUUAUGGAUUGGAGCUAGCAUGAGUGCCGUAGCCUGGAUGAAAGUGCGAAUGGCAAAGCCAUCGUUCAAUCCCGCUUGCAGCAUGAUUGCGAUAAUACUCUUCGUUGUUAUCGUGAAAGAAGGUGGUCUGCAAACCCUCCUCCAGGUCGCAUUCAUAGUCACAGUUGGCGCAUGCAUCUCGAAUAUCGUCUGCUACUCGUUGUGGCCACAGAGCGCCAUGUCGAAUCUUCAGGCUAACAUGGUCAAAACACUCGAUUCUUUCACGACACUUCUUGAAAUGAUGACCAGUACAUUUCUUUUUGAGGACGCCAAUCAGCCUAGCAGGGAUAAGCUACAGAAAGCGGUAGAUAGUCACCAAGCGAGUUUCACUAGUCUCAAGAAGAAUUUGGAAGAAGCGCGGUCGGAGUGGUUAUUUGGAGGCCCGUCAAAGCGCCCAGGCAAUAGCAGAAAGAGCUCAGGGAAAGCAUAUCAAGAUGCCGUGGACAGUCUCAACAGGCUGGCGCAGCACCUGAACGGCUUGAGGAGCGGCGUUGGGCUCCAGUAUGAACUGGCGAAAGCUCACCAUGACGGCAAGGUAGAUGUUUUGCCCUCCAAGGACGCGGACGAAGAUGAAGUCUUGAAGGCCGCUGCUGAGAUGUUCGGUGAUCUCGUCGACGAUUUGGGACCUCCUCUGAAAGCCCUCACUGACACAUGUACCACUUGCCUUAGACGACUGAAGGAAGCCUUCGUGCAGCGACAGCGCUUCAACCACAAGGAGCCCAUCAAACCGAGCGAGUUCAGCGACCUGACUGAAGAGUUGGAGCGAGCACUAUUCACCUUCGAGAGUACUUCCAACCACGCUGUCAUGCGGCUCUACCGGCGGGGUGAAUCCACGUACCAGCAUUCCAGAUCCUCUGUCAAUCUUCUAGAAGAAAACACGAUGUUGACGGGUACGGAGCAUGAGAACGUAUUUCUUGUAUACUUCUUCAUCUUUACUUUGCAGGAAUUCGCGCGGGAAUUAGUGUCUCUUGUAGAUGCCAUGUCCCGAAUAUACAGCAUUGACAAGGCCAGGCUUGCUCGGGGUAGAUGGAAGGCUCUGUCAGGCACAGUCGCCAUCCUUGGGAGAGUGAAGGGUAAAGCCCCCGCUGAAAAGCGUGGAGGGGGAAGCUUGAAGCACCGCAUAUCGACAUACAUCGUGCCCGAACGCAAGCAUACCAUUCCCUCGUUCCCGAAAGUACGCCCGCACGCGCCGAAUACCAUCCAGACGCCGGCAUUGUCGGAGCUCACGACCAUGGGCAAAAUCAAGCACAAGUUGUGGGAGUGGGGAUCACGUAUGCGAGAGCGCGACGUAAAAUACGCAAUUAAAGCCGGGAUGGCCACUGCUAUGUUGGCUGCGCCCGCCUUCUUUGACGCUACGAGACCUACGUUCAUGGAAUAUCGGGGUGAAUGGGCGUUGAUAUCGUUCUUCGUAGUCAUCUCCCCGACCAUUGGCGCGACAAACUUCCUGGCUGUGCACCGUAUUCUUGGAACACUAUUCGGGGCGGCUGUGGCAGCCGGCAUCUAUUCUCUAUUUCCCGAGAAUCCCGUCGUCUUAUCAAUUUUCGGUUUCUUCUAUGCUAUUCCUUGUUUCUACAUUAUAGUCGCUAAGCCACAAUAUGCCACAACCGGUCGUUUCGUACUGCUGACGUACAAUCUGACGUGUCUAUAUUGCUAUAACAUUCGCCAGAGAGAUGUGCCCGUGCUAUAUAUUGCGAUGCACCGUUCAGUCGCUGUCAUUAUCGGUGUGAUUUGGGCUUUCCUUGUAUCAAGAUUCUGGUGGCCUGCGGAAGCUCGUAGAGAGCUUAGUAAGGCGCUCGGCGACUUCUGUUUGAACCUAGGAUGGCUGUAUACGCGCCUGGUCGCUUCGAAUUCGUAUGCACCAGAUACGCAAGACGAUGACCAGGGGGAGAGUACACCUAACGAGGAAACAGCCCUUCUGUCUAGCCAGGCACGGAUACACUUAAGCAAUUCCAUCAGAGAGUUCAUGGCUAUGGAGCUACACCUCCAGAUCAAGCUCAUCGAGAUGCAAGGUCUACUCAACCAGUCUCAACACGAACCCCGGCUAAAGGGGCCAUUUCCCGUCAAAUUAUAUCGUAACAUCUUGACGAGCUUGCAGACCAUCAUGGACAAACUUCACAGCAUGAGAUGCGUAACUACCCGAGAAGAAUGGUUCACUACUGUUCGACGUGACUUCAUCAUUCCUGUCAAUAGAGAACGGCGAGAGAUGGUCGGGAACAUCAUCCUGUACUUCUCAACGCUCUCUUCCGCGUUCAGGCUCAAGGCCCCCCUACCUCCUUAUCUACCGCCCGCAGAAGAGUCGCGACAGCACUUGGUCAACGCUAUCCGCACGCUUGACGUCGUCAAGAACCGAGACGUCAAAGGAUCCAGACAACUCCUGUUCUUUGCGUAUGCGCUUACAAUGAAAGGUGUGACGAAAGAGCUGGACUAUCUCGGAAGAACGUUGCAGGAUGCAUUCGGUGUCAUUGGACAGACAACGGAGGAGUUCGAAGCAAUGUUUAGGGAUACUAUUGCUCACGCUGUAUGA